UUCUCUCCGGUGUCGCUGUCUGUUUUCGUUUUCUGUUUUUCUCUCGUUUAAUCUCAGACUGUCUCGUAUUUGUUUUUGCGAAAGCGGCGUCUAUCCUAAUGAGGGAGUUUGGUCCCUCACUGGCACUGGGAGAUGGUGGUGUUAAACAUUUCUGAGCAGCCACCUCUGGUCCAGGCCGUGUUUAAUCGGAACACAGAUGAAGUUCAGUUAUAUUUGCACAAGAAAGAUGAAGUCAAUGCACUGGACCAGGAGCGACGCACACCUCUGCACGCUGCUGCUUGGUUGGGAGACGUCCAUAUCAUGGACCUCCUCAUCACAGCAGGAGCGAACGUUAAUGCGAAGGACCACAUGUGGCUGACGCCGUUACACCGAGCAGCAGCCUCCAGAAACGAGAGGGCGGUGGGGCUGCUGUUGAGAAAAGGAGCUGACGUGACGGCGAGGGAUAAGUUCUGGCAGACGGCACUGCACAUCGCUUCGGCAAACCGAGCCAUGCGCUGCACUGAAGCUCUGCUGGCCCAAAUCAGCAGCGUGAACAUGGCCGACCGCACAGGCCGAUCCGCCCUCCACCACGCCGCCCAGAGCGGCUGCCACGAGAUGGUUAAAUUGCUGCUGAACAGAGGGGCCAAUCUCAGUGCCAGCGAUAAGAAAGAGAGACAGCCCAUCCACUGGGCCGCUUACCUCGGUCAUCUGGAGGUGGUAAAGUUGCUGAUGUCUCAAGGAUCAGAUAAGAGCUGUAAGGACAAGCGAGGCUACACUCCUCUGCACGCCGCCGCUGCCAGCGGGCACGUCGACGUGGUCAAGUACUUGUUACGGAACGGAGCAGAGAUUGAUGAGCCAAACGCUUUCGGAAACACCGCUCUGCAUGUAGCCUGCUACAUGGGGCAGGAAGCAGUCGCUAAUGAGCUGGUUAACCGCGGCGCGAACGUUAACCAGCCCAACCAGCGAGGCUUCAGCCCCCUGCACCUGGCUGCCGUGUCCACCAAUGGCGCCCUCUGUCUGGAGCUGCUGGUCAACAACGGGGCUGACGUCAACAUGCAGAGCAAAGAAGGCAAGAGCCCCCUUCACAUGGCAGCCAUCCACGGACGCUUUACUCGCUCCCAGAUCCUCAUUCAGAACGGUGGGGAGAUAGACUGUGUGGACAGAUAUGGCAAUACUCCUCUUCAUGUUGCUGCUAUGUAUGGCCAUGAGCUGCUCAUCAGCACCUUAAUGACAAAUGGCGCUGAUACAGCCAGGCAAGGAGUUCACGGGAUGUUCCCACUGCACUUAGCCGUGCUCUACGGGUUCUCUGACUGUUGUCGCAAGCUGCUCUCCUCAGGUCAGCUGUACAGCAUUGUGCUGUCGAUGAGCAAAGAGCACGUGCUCUCAGCUGGCUUCGACAUCAACACUCCGGACGAGUUCGGGAGAACCUGCCUACACGCUGCUGCCUCUGGAGGAAACACUGAAUGUCUGAACCUGCUGUUGAGCAGUGGCGCAGACAUGAAUAAGAAAGACAGGUUUGGGAGGACCCCUUUGCACUAUGCGGCUGCUAACAGGAGGUAUCAGUGUGUGGUGAUUCUAGUAGGAGCAGGAGCCGAGGUCAACGAGCCUGACCGAACCGGCUGCACACCUUUACACUAUUCCGCUGCUUCCACUGCUUUCUGCAGGGUGGAUCGAGGGCAGCAGAGUCCAGAGGACGGAGAGAAGGAGUCAUUCAUGUGUGUGGAGUACUUGCUGGACAACGGAGCAGACCCAUGCUUGUGCAACUCUAAAGGAUACAAUGCUGUCCACUACGCAGCUGCCCACGGAAACAAGCAGAGCCUCGAGCUGCUUUUGUUGAUGUCCUACAACACAUUAGGCGAUGCAGAAAGCACUGGACCUGUCAGUCCCUUACACUUAGCAGCCGAGGCAGGACACUGGGAGUGUGUGAGUGUCUUGGUCGAGUCAGGCACGCGUGUGGACGUGCUGGACUCUGUGGGACGCUCGGCGCUCUACGUGGCCUCUCAGAGAGGACACGCUCGCUGUGUGGAGCUUCUCCUCAGCCAGUCAGCAUCCUGCCUGCUCACUGAGCACUGCAAUAAGUGGACUCCUCUCCAUGUCGCAGCAGCGAGCGGCCAUACAGACUGUCUGCAGAUGCUGCUGUCCAGCAAGGAGGAGCCUGACCUCCCAAAUGUCUCUGACACUGAGGGACAGACUCCUCUGAUGUUAGCCGUACUGGGAGGUCACACUGACUGCGUCCUCUUGCUGCUGGAGCGAGGGGCGUGUCCCGAUCCAAGAGACAGGAAGGGAAGAACGGCACUUCACAGAGCGGCUCUGCUCGCCUGGGAGGACUGCGUGACCGCACUGUUGUCCCACAACGCCGCGGUCCUGACUAAAGACGUCCAGGGCCGCACUGCACUCCACCUGGCUGCUUCCUGCGGCCAUGCUGAGAUUCUGGCCAGAAUGUUGUCUGCUGCUGACCACACCAACUCGCACCACCCGAUCGCUGACUGCCACGGCUUCACCCCCGCACACUGGGCAGCCUAUCACGGUCAUGAAGACUGUUUGGAAGUUUUACUUGAAAUUAAACCAUGUAGUAUCGAGGAGGGAAACCCCUUCACCCCACUGCACUGUGCUCUAAUUAAUGGCCAUAGCGGUUCUGCGGAAAUUCUCUUGAACUCCAGUUUUGGCUCAUCACUGGUCCACGCCAGGGAUGCAAAGGGAAGAACUCCGCUUCACGCUGCUUCCGUAGCCGAGGACGUCUCCGGGCUGCUCCUGAUUCUGCGCAUGGGAGCCGACAUCAACGCGGUUGACCACUCGGGACGCUCGGCGCUCAUGGUGGCUGCUGACAAGGGCAAAAGCGGCGCUGUGGCCCUUCUGCUGCAUCGAGCCAAAGCUGACCUGUCUCUUCUGGAUGUGAACAGAAACACUGCCCUGCAUCUGGCCUGCAGCAAGGCUCACGAGAUGUGUGCCAUGCUGAUCCUGAAGGAGAUCCACAACCCGAUUCUCAUCAAUGCAACAAACAGCAUGCUUCAAAUGCCUCUUCACAUCGCAGCCAGGAACGGUCUGGCCACCGUGGUUCAGGCUUUGCUCAAUCGUGGAGCCACAGUACUGGCAGUGGAUGAAGAGGGUCAUACCCCUGCCUUGGCAUGCGCUCCCAACAAAGCCGUGGCCGACUGCCUCGCUCUCAUCCUCUCGACCAUGAAGCCUUCUCCCUCCAGCGCACCCUCUUCCUCCCCCUCCUCUCCGAGGCUCAACCUACUCAAGCAUUGUGGCAUCACAGCCGCUUGCCCUCCUUUGCCCAACGGAGGCCUUCGCCACACCUACGGCAAAGAUCGGCAUGGCACCGCCUUCGGGUUGGACGGCUGUCUGACCGAGUGAGCCGAUCUGCAUCCUAGAGCCGUUAUGACAAACCACACACACACACACGCGCACACACAAUAACAGUCUGUGUGUAUGGAUGCUCAGUUUGGUCUUCUCUCUCUCUCUAUCUCUCUCUCUCUCUCUCUCUGUCUUUCUCUCUGUCUUUUAUUUAUUUUUAUUUUUAAGACACCUAGUCAAAAAACAAUAUGCAAUUCCAGCCUCACGACCCUCCUGCCCCCAUCAACACCGCUUUUCUUUACUACUGUUAGAGGAUGACUAGGAACAAACGUGUUUAUUUAUUUUAAAUGCUUGCUAGUUCUCGCUUCGAGAAGUCUACGAUACCAAGCCAUCUCGUGCGCGCGAGUUUCCAUGAGCGCUAGCUAGUUGUUUAAUAGACUAAUGUUCAUUUAAGCCCGGUUUACUUGGCUAAGGUUAGUAUUAUGCAGCUGCUUUUUUUUUUCUUUUUUUUUCUUUCUUUCUUUCUCUCUUUCGGUCACAGAUACAAGUGUGUGUGUGUGUUUGUGGAUUUCCUUUGAGAAGCUGUGGCCUUGCAGAGGAAUUUCCAGCCUGCCCUGAGGAACAGUUAAAACGGGUUACUGUAAACUAAGCAUGAAGGUGUGGGCCAUGUAUUAGAUGGUCUCAAAUAAGUGUGUGUGUGAGAGAGAGAAAAUAUAGUUGUGUGUGUGUUUAGCAGUCCAACCAGAUUUCCAUCCCAUACUUGAUUCUUGCUUUUUAAGCUCAUGCAUUGUAUGUCAGGUGCAAUCAAAUUUAGCACAAACUAAGCAGAAAAAAAAAGCUUAUUUUUUUUCUUUAGUUUUUUUUUUUUUCUUGUGUUUUUAUUUUUGAGACAAGGGAAACCAUACGACCUUAAGCCAAAUGACCAAUGACCUCUGGGUUCGAAAGGUCAAAAAUGGUGCAUGUUUACUGUAGGCUUUUUUUUUUUUUUUAUUUAAAGAAGGAAUAACUUGGGAACAUUGCAAUGGGUUUACACAGAAGGCGCGUUCGUCGUUUCCAGCUUAUAAAGUAGUAGUAGCACCAGGGUACCAUCGGUCAUCCGACACGACACGCAGACGACGGUGAACUGAACAGAAAACCGAAAGCACAAGCAUCAGAUCGGACGUAGGCCUUUCGAAAACUGAUCCUUACUCCUAGGGACCACCUUCUACCUGGGAAAGAUUGGGGAUUGGCUGAGAAACUCGGAGGCUGUUAGGCUUGGAAUCUGGGUGUAGUGCUUUCCCAGCCGACCAUAUCGAAAUGUCUCGCGUUGCGUUGAGCUGCUCUCGCAGUGCCUUUUUUUUAAUAACAGGUUUUUCUUUCCAAAAUGUCCGUUCAGUCCGACUCGUCACCGUUCACAGCUUAAGUGGUGCUUCCUCUACAGACUAUUAACUUUAGCCAUAUGAAUCAUUAGUCGAGCCUUUUGCUGAAGGAUCGCUUGGAAUUUUUGUUUUUCCUUUUUUUUUUUAAAUGAUUAAUUCGAGCAGCUUUUCUCGUCAGGGUGUAUGGCUUUAACUUCUGCUAUUCACAAGCUCAAACUGAAAAUCAGCAACUUUUCAUGAUAUUGCUGAUUUUCACCUAGGGUUGAUUUGGGUUAUGAUGAUUAUGAUAUUACUAUUAUUAUGACCAAAGUUGCGUUAAUUUUGUAGCGUUCCUAAUUUGGCGAAAAAAUAACCACCUGCUUGGUGGUGGAAAUCUAUUGCCCCUUCUCCCCUCGUUUAGUUUAGUUUAGCUCAGUUCAGUUUAUUCACCGAAUGUUUCCUUAUUGCCAAAGGUUGAUUAAUUGUUCAGUGUACAAAUGUGCUUCCUUUUCAUUUUACAUCCAAGCCACAACGUUUCAGAAAAAUAUUAGGGUCGGAAUAUUAUUCGGAAAAAGAAAGAAAAAUAUAUAUAUAUCGAGACAUGCAAUAUUUGCGCAAUUAGUAAAGAGACAAUCAGUCGAAAGGGCUUUUAAUUUCCCCUAUUAUUAUUAUUAUUAUUAUUAUUAUUAUUAUUAUUAUUGUUGUUGGGUUGGUGCGUUUUCCGAUAUAUUUGAGACCACUGGGAAUCGGAACAAGAUGGUAUGAGCUGCUAUCUUGCAUUGCGUUAACCCGAGUCUCUGAAGCCAUUGGAACUGUUAAACGUAUAAACUGAAGCAGCAGUAAACUUUUUUUUUUGUUUGUUUGUUUUUUCCCCUUACAUGAAUUUUUACUGAAGUAAUUUAGCGGGUGUUGGGUGAUCAUGGGCGUGUGCUGAUUCUGAAAUAAUUCUGGAGAAUUUGCCUAUCGCAGUUUCGCAAUAAAAUUGUCAUAAACCAUGGCCUUGGGGAGAAAAAAUAUCUAAAAUGACCAAUGAUGCAGGGCACAAAAGAUGAUCACGAUUCGUUCUUGUCAGAGGUGGACACAUCAUACUUCUAUGAGCUGUAUCACCUGGCAAGCCUAAAGAAUUGAGGUAACUAAAUGGAAAGUGCGUUAAGUGUAAGAGAAGUAAACGAGAACUUGAUGAUUACAAAGAAAGUUUUUGAUGUAGCAUAUCAUGUUUGCAGCCUGGACAAAAUGUCAGCAAGUUUUUUUUUUUUUUUUUUUUUUUGCUUCUUAUGAAUUUGAUGUCAAAUGAUGAGUGAUUUGGUAGAUUAACGCUUAUUAAUCACCUUUGUAGGUUUAUCAUACUUACUCGAAGUGCGUUAACUUUACGAAGUAUUUGGAAAGUCAGUCUUUGUUUGAAUAUCAGAACAUGAAAUCUGUUCGUCCUUGAUACUGAUAUGUCCACCUCUGACUGUCCUUUCAAAAAACAAAUGCACUCUUUAUUUUAGUUUUUCCUUUUUUUUUUUUUGGUUUGGUUUGUUCACGUGCAGCUACAUAUGUGUUUACACGUGUGCGCCCAGUUCUCACAAACCCGAGUAAGGGUGCAUCAUAUUUAUGAUGUUACAUUAGUCGGGAAAAGCAAUUAUUAUUAUUUUUUUACUUUUCUUUCCCCGAUUGCAGAAGGGCCACCGAGGGGGAGGAAACAAAAUGAGAAAUGUGAAUGCACGGGGGUUCAGCAAGGCAUUAAAAUCCGUUUGCACUGCCACUUGUAUUGACUGACUGAUUCUAAGUACGAUGAAGUCGAGGUUAAAUUUUUGUAGUCUAAAAAAAAAAGUGCACAUCUCUUCAUUUGAAGAGUACUUUCUGUUCUCAUUAGGUGCCAUUAAGUAAUCGGAGAAAACUUGUAAUCGCAGCCUUUAUCCGCAACCCGUACACGGAAACACUUCUCAUCGCGCGCAUGUGUCUGUGUGCGCGCAGCGAAUAAACAGGCAGCUUCCGGAGGUGGAGGAGAGCUUGUCCUAAAUAUCUUGUAGCUGAAGGUUGUGUAAAGCUCUUGGAGUUAGAGGAGGGCAUUUUAUCUGAACGACCAUGUGCAAAAUAAAUAAAUUAAUUAAUUAUUUAAAAAAAAAGGUCCUCCUUUAUAACUGGUGCCAUAAUUUUCUUCUCUGCACUUCAUAUGAACUAUUUUAUAGAGUAACGUAAAUGAAUUCCAAAAGUUAUACAUGUUGCAUGAUCUACAAUAAAACCAAAACCAUAUUUAUUUGAGAUUAUAACACUAAAUAAUAAUAAUAAUGAUGAUGAUAGUUCAAAUUAAGCUAUAAGAAAGCAAAAGUGUGAGGAGGAGGAGGAUUUCAAAUUAAAAAGCCAUUCCUUAGCCUCGUGUUGGAUCAUGUUAACGGCUUAAAAGAUAUGACUUACAGGUUUUAGUACAUACAAGCUCAAAAGGCAUUUAUGGAAAAAUUUUAGUGGUUGUUUUUAAGGGUAAUUUCUCCAAUAUUUGUCAAAUGAAAUGCCUUAACUGUGUCAGAAGGGUAGAAAUAAAGUUUUUUUUUU